AUGUUGCCGGUCCACAUAAUCCUUGCUGCUCUACUAUCUCCUGUGGUUGCUGCUGGAUCAGUAUCCCAGGAACAGUCAAAUCUCCUGAUUCAUAUUCCGAACCUGAGCCGUCGGGCUGGCGGACACCCCACUACUUAUACCUUGGACCAGUCUCUCCUCGCCAUCCAAAUCGGUGGGAUUGUAGGAGCGUACGUGAUCUUUGUCGCGAUCCUCCUGACAUUGCUCCUCUUUGUAGGGCGUCGUCUGAGGAGGACAGUGCAAUCGUCCAACUUCUCGUUGCAGGUAGAGAUGAUGAAGCCUGUCAAGCCUCCGCCCAGUAUGGACCCAAGUCCAGUCACCCCAAUCUCUGCCAAUCUUCCUAGUCCUCGUAUGCCAAACGGCUUCAAUCGAUCCUGGAGCAGCUUGGGUAAGGGCCCACGAUCUCAUAUAGCCAAUAACAGCAGCGUGUCUACCAUCGACGAGUCGGUGGUUGCAUUAGACCGGCGCAGAGCGCAAGAAGAAAUGGAAAUGUUGUACGCCGCUGUUAUGGAACACGAUGAGCGGAGGGCAGCUGAGAAGGAGGCUACUCGAGAAGAGAGUGAGAUUCAUUCUCCGGAUAGUGCUCAAUCGAACCCCAAAGAUGCCAACGAGCCCGAGGGCCAGUUCUCGCCUGUCCAGAAUCUCGUCGCUCUCCCUUUUCAACAGCAACUCUCACCCCGAGGCAAACACCGGCAAGCCGCGUACUCCCCGUACUCCUCGUAUUCCUCUUCGGAAGCUACCAAUUUCCUCCCCGGUGGGCUCCCCGGACGUGAUGGCAUCCAGGUCGUAUGGGGAGGACCAGCCUCCCUUGACACCGCGAUUCUACAACCCACCGCCUCCACCAACACCACCAGUGGUGACAAUUCAAGGCACAGGCGAGAAGAGAGCGUCAAAGGGCUCGCGGGCGCAGCCCCGGCACCCUUGAGUUUGUCCGUGGCUGGCCACGGCUCAUCCUCCUUGCCCUUCCGAGAUGCCUACCCGCAACAGAGUGCGCCUGCCACCAAGACAACCGUCCUGGAGCGCCCCUUAAAACCUAUGAAUGGUCCUCGAACUGGGAUGCCCACACCAUACAGCCCGUAUAUGCCAUUUACGCCAGUAACUCCGCUUACACCCAGUCGGAUGGUCACCAAGCGGCAGAGGAAACGAGAAGCCAAGGAAAGCGGAUUACGGGUUCUUAAUGAGGAUGAUGUAGUCCGGGAUAAUGAAGAUAUGUGGGGGUUAUAA